CGGAAUGCCGGUAAAUGGAGUACUUGAGUGGUGAGUUCAUAGCAGCGGCUUCCACUUUUGAAAGACCCGUGACUAUGUAGAGCUGGGCCCUCAUGAUGGCCUUCGAAUCAAAGGCGCCUCUUCAGUAGUGUGAGUAGCAGCAGCAAAAGGGCUCCAACAAGUAGGCCCCAGGGCAGUUAUGGAUAUAUCUCGAAAAUGACCCUACCAAAUGUACAGGAGUGUCAUUCCCCCUAGCCUGCCAUGCUCGGGACCUCCGAGUCUGCCCCCUCGCUCGACUUCAGUCAUCAGUGUUCAUCCAAAGCGUGCACAUGCAUUGUCAAACCGUGACUCGCCCACUUUAUCUCUUCGUGGAGGCGACGAAUGGAUCGAAGCCCAGUAAUUAAAGGAAGAUGCUGCUGACAUCCGGACUCUGCACAUGACAACCCUUCCAGCUCUACGCCGCUUCCUCCCGGAGGACCAGUCACUCGGUAUGUUCCCCAGUACAUCAUGACAGAGGCCUUGCUAGCUUCGCAGUCGAAACAAAUCAAGGAGGGUAAAUGACGUAAAUAACCUCGUCACCGUGAAGUGGAUGGUGGGUGGACAAGGAAGAGGGGGUUAUUAUCAGCAAGUGCCCAGCAAGUGAAAACUGCAGUUGCACUUGCUCCUUUUGUCGUUUUGGUGAGAUGCCAUUCGUUGCAUUCCUCUUGUUCCUCUCUCCUUCACUACUCGGUCUGCCGUCAGCAUCUUAUCUUUGCACACUCGGAACAAACUCUAGCAGAGAGACUGGCGGCUCACUGUGUUUGCUUCCGGGCAAUUUGCUGUCUGGCCAAUUGGCAGGCGGGAGUCCGGUGUAGUGCCAAUUCAUUCGAGCCGUCAUCCGUGCUUCAACGGGAUUGUUGCCCAGACCCCCGUCCCGCAUUGAGCAAUCUUUUCUAUCGGUCUGCCUCAUCUUGAGCAGAUUUGUGCCCCGCAGGCCAGGGGUCAGUUUGUGAGUGAAAGCUAUGGCGACGGCCUCGGCGCUUUUCAAAGUUCCGUUGUUGUCUCUGGGACAUCAUGAUCCCCGCCAAUCUGCAGGGUGUCACAGGUUCCCUAGACCUCAGCGGGUGCAGUUGGCAAGGACCAAUUUUGAUUCUUCGUUUGGCGAUUCGUCGGCCUCGUCGUCUUCGUCGUCUAGAUGUGGGUGCUCGGCAUUGGGACUUCCCAGCCUGUCGCCUCUUGGUUCUUUAGGUGCAUGGCAGCAGCAAAAUUCUUUCGCUUUGCUGGAUAAGCGGCUGAAUUUGUGCGGGUGGAAAGCGAAGAAGGCUUGGAGGAACUCUGGAAUGGUGAUCCAGGCAGGGAUGAAAUUGGAUCCAGGAGGAGGAGGUGAUGGCAACGGAAUUGGACGAACUAUCGUCAAUCUUGCUCUCGCAGGUGGUCUGACUUACCUGACGGUGACGGGUAAACUCGGCUGGGUUUUUGACACCAUUAUUUCUCUAUGGCUCUUGGCGGUGUUGCUACCCAUAGUUGGCGUGAUAGCUUUCCUGUGGUUUGCAGAGCGCGAGGUUAUCACAGGUGCUUGCCCUAAUUGCGGGCAGUCAUUUCAAGUGUUUGAGUUCGCAGUCAAAGAAGAAGCUCAGUACUGUCCUUAUUGCAGCCAGCCAUUCAAAUUGGAAGAUGGAAAGUUCAUAAGGGAUGAACCCCGUUUUUCGAGUCAAAGGACGAAUCCUGGAGGAUUCGGUGGAGGUUUCAAGUCCCCGUUCGGUGCAGGUUUUGGCCGUGAUACCACCUCAUCUACACGUAAAGACGAAAGCCAAGAACCUGGUGGAAUCAUUGUUGACGUGGAAGCAGAAGUAAGGGACAGAGAUUGAUGUGUAGGACACUGCGACUGCGACCCAUACGCUGCUCCACUCAAUGUACACUAGUAGACAUAGGCCCAACGGAGGAUGCAAAACCCGAGCCCAGGACGACUGGACUCGAACAUCAACAGCUGAGAAAGAAAUUACGUCGAAGGUGAUCAACGGAUACGUGUAUGAAUCUGUUUCUCUCUGAUGGCAUAGAGUGGAAAGUGAAUGGCUUUUUCCUCGAUCUGACCUGUAGUUUUCCUCACGAUUGGAGAUGGAGCUCCAAUCGUGAGGAACCAACCUCCAAACAGAGGUUACGAUUUUUCUUACUCCUGUUGCCUCCAGAUAUCUCGGCCAGUUCUAGAUGAGGUGAUUGUAGUUUAUUGUAACAUGGUAGUUUUCACGUGUAAGGUUGGUACUGGUGAUGGGGUGUACUAUGUUGAUUCGACACUUUGAGGUGACGAGUCAUUAUAAGGAACGAUGUAGCCUUACUAAUCUACAGUGAAGUUCAUGCGACCCCAGCUUAUGUUGAACGUGACUCCAUUCUGUUAUGUAUGGACGGGGAAUUGUGAGAACUCGAUUAGCACCAUUGGCUUGAAAGCUUGUAAAACUGGUCUCUCCACUCAAUUCAGCUCUCGUCCA